UAGAGAUCCCCAUGUUCAAGAACAAGUUGCAAGAAUAUACUCAGAAACGAGGCUUGGCAUUUCCAGCAUAUCGAACAGACAACGAAGGAUCUCAGCAUUCACCAAAGUUCAGGUCCACUGUGUUUGUUAAUGGAGUGGAGUAUACAUCUAAGUUCACAUUUCGCCGUCUUAAAAGUGCUCAACAGGAUGCUGCUAAACUUGCUUAUGAGUGCAUUAUGUCCAAUGCUCAGCACAUUGAUGCAAAACCCCUGCAAUCUGAGGAUAAACUAUCUAACAAGUUCAUCCUGUAUGAAUAUGCACACGAGCAACAUUUGGAUAUACCCACAUAUAAGACUUAUGCAUCAAAUAGAGAAGGACAACUUCCUCUUUUUAUCUCCACAGUGACGGUGGCAGGUAAAAGCUUCACUGGUGAUGGGGGGAAAAGCAAGGAAGAAGCAGAGCAGCUCGCUGCACAUGCUGCAUUUCAUUCCCUGAGAGGAUCUGAUCAUUCUGCAGCUGUUCUCAGCCAAACGGUGAGCUUAAAGAGAAAACACUAUGAAGCACUUAAAAGAGUUAAAUUUACAGGGUCCAACGCAAAGAAUCCGAGGAAUACAAGUGUGAAUGGUUCUGGAGCUACCUCAGAAAUGAAAAGUGGUAACCAGCACAUAAGAGCAAAUGCUCGCUCAUCUACUGCUCCGCCACAGCUACGCAGUUGUUUCAAACAGGGGCGCUAGUGUAGGGACAAGGAAACUGCAUUUUAAGCCUGAGUUACAACUUACAAUUUUUAGUAGGGUUCGAAAUGAAUUGACUUAGUCGGAAAAAGCCCUGUUCUUUGGAAGAUCUAUCUCGUGUCCGGUACUGCAUGAUCUUUUUUUUUUUGACUGAAAUGCCGAUACACUACCCUUUGAAGUAGAGUAGAGAAAACUGUAAAUUCGCAUGCAGAAAAUAGACCCAAAAUAUGCAACUUCACGUAAGAGUGGAAGAAAAUGAGAUGUUAUAAACUUAUAAUCCUACAUCGAAAGAAAUUGACAUUUUGUACUGUAUGUGGGCUUGAUUUAGGGUAUAAACUUGAUACAAUUUCUAUGAAAGUUUUGUCAAUGCCUAGGUGGAUAAUUACGUGCAUGCUGCA